GUGGAACCUUGUUUGGGCUGCCUGUGGUUAACAAGAUAUAGGGGCCUGGACAUUCAAGAGGGAGGAAGGGCUGACACCAAAAACCCUACACUACAACAGAAAACAUGGCUGAGAAUGGAGAUAUCGAGGAAUGGAGUGUAAAAGUAUUGGACGCAAGUAAAGACGGAGAUGUGGUCAAGUUUACCAUUCAAACCAAAACGAGUGACCAUGACAAUGAAAAAGGUGUGAUAGUUCUUCGUGAAUAUGAUGACUUUGAGUGGCUCUAUCACUGUUUGACAACACAGAAUAAAGUUGAUGCUGUAGUGAUACCACCCUUACCUGCCCGACCUAUUGUGACAGCAAGUGCUGCUGAAGCCAAAUCAAAGAAACAACUUGGGAAGGAUUCCAAAACGAUGGUGCCAGAUGAAUUCACCAGAGACUGUCGUAACCUUGAAAAAUUUCUUCAACUCAUCUUAGUCCACCCUGCCUUCAAAAAAGAUGAAGGUUUAGAAAAAUUCUUGACAGAGGAAGAGGCCCCAGUCAGGUCAAAAGUAAAGAAAGGCUUGUUUGAUAGCCUGAGUAAAACUGUAGGUGAAGUCAGAUUUCAAGGGUACAAGGACAGAGAUGAAGACUUCCAGAAGCACAGGGAUUUUGUAGAUAAAUACUUGCUGGCAAGUAAAGAAGCCAGUAUGAACUUUACAAAAAUGAUCAACAGCCAACAACGAGUAGCUCUGGGUCUUGGUGAACUGGGUACAUCAUUGUCGACAGCGGCAACCUUAUCUGAUAUCGCCUCACAGAAAUUGAAACCGUCUUUAAGUAUAUUCUCAAAUGCACUAACAAGUCAUAAGGAUUCAUAUGAAGUAAUGAGCACCAAUGAUGACAAUACUCUUGGGUUUUCUUUAGAACUGUAUACUCGCUACAUGGAAUCAGCCAAGGAGAUGCUGUUUAGACGAACUUGUAAGAUGGUUGAAUAUGAGAAUGCUGUCAAAGCCUUGGAGAAGGCAAAACCACAAAAGAAGGACCAGUGUGAAACUGUGAAGAAUGAUACGGAAGAAGCUUACAACGACAUUACAGAAAUGGGAGCCUCUGAGAUGAGCCGGUUCAAUCGCCAGCGUGUCUUGAGUCUUCAGUCAAGCCUGACACAGUAUGCAGAGUCUAGGAUCAAGAAUGGUCGAGACACCUAUGCCGUACUUGCCAAGUUACUAAACGACGUCAAGAAAGCCAGUGAUUCUUAACUGGAACGUCUGUAAUGAAUACCCGCAUGGAAAUGAAAAAAUGGGAAAUUGAAAAGAUGGUAGUGAACGCUAUAGCAGGAUGAUAGCAUGUACAGUUAGUAGUAUUAUGUGAUAUAUGGACGUCUUUGUGGCUGUCAUGAUUUAUUGAUGGAACACUGUAAAGUGGUGUCCCAAAAUGAAUGCUAUUUUUGUUAUUAUGCGCCUCUUUUUUUUAAGAAAAAAAAAUUAUCAAAUUCUAAUUAUAAAUAAUUUACAGGGAAAAGCGUACAAACCAUAUAGUUUUGUUAUUACUUAAUUUUGAAGAAUUACUAUCGCUGAUAGGCACAUCGUGUGAGAAUAUUGUUUAGACAGAAAAAUGAACCCUCGUUACACUAAAUCAUCACGCCACAUCACUCCACUCCAUUCCACACUACAUUACUCCACUUGGCAUUAAACCACCGCUACCUCAUGGAUGCACACACAACACACCAUACCCAUGCGCACAGCAAAACCACACGCAUGCGCACACCAUUAAUUGCAAACUUUAUUGGCAAACACCCUCAAAACUCCGCACAGCAAAAUCUCACUGAAAAAUUUACCAACAAACCAAAAAUGUCAGCACCCAACAAUUCUGUAACGUUAUUUGAGCAAACUUAUUUUUUAAACCAGAAAGUAAGGGCCUAAAAAAGAGAGCCUAACUUGACAAGCCAAACGCCUUGAAUAUGAAAAUAUUAGGCAUUGGUAAUAUCUGAUCCUAAAAGUGCUGGAUGAUGUUAUAAUCGUACUUUAUAAAGGCAUCCCUGUGAUGCGUUCAAAAGUCAAUUAAUAUUUCUAGACAGUAUUGAUCGAGUUCAACAAUUUUAUACAUUAAAAAAAUUUAAUACUUAUCGAUUCAAAUUCAAAAUAAAAACCAAAUUUUAUUCUUUUUUA